AGGAACAGAGGAACAGAGGAACAGAGGAACAGUAGGAACAGAGGAACAGAGGAACAGAGGAACAGUAGGAACAGUAGGAACAGUAGGAACAGUAGGAACAGAGGAACAGUAGGAACAGUAGGAACAGAGGAACAGUAAGAACAGUAGGAACAGAGGAACAGUAGGAACGGAGGAACAGUAGGAACAGUAGGAACAGUAGGAACAGUAGGAACGGAGGAACAGUAGGAACAGUAGGAAUUAAGUAGGAAGAGAGGAACAGUAGGAACAGUAGGAACAGUAGGAACAGUAGGAACAGAGGAACAGUAGGAACAGUAGGAACAGUAGGAAUUAAGUAAGAAGGGAGGAACAGUAGGAACAGUAGGAACAGUAGGAACGGAGGAAAAGUAGGAACAGUAGGAACGGAGGAACAGUAAGAACAGAGGAACAGUAGGAACAGUAGGAACAGAGGAACAGUAGGAACAGUAGGAACAGUAGGAACAGUAGGAACAGAGGAACAGUAGGAACAGUAGGAUCAGACGAACAGUAGGAACAGAGGAACAGUAGGAAUUAAGUAGGAACAGAGGAAUAGUAGGAACAGUAGGAACAGUAGGAACGGAGGAACAGUAGGAACAGUAGGAACGGAGGAACAGUAAGAACAGAGGAACAGUAGGAACAGUAGGAACAGAGGAACAGUAGGAACAGUAGGAACAGUAGGAACAGUAGGAACAGAGGAACAGUAGGAACAGUAGGAACGGAGGAACAGUAGGAACAGAGGAACAGUAGGAACAGAGGAACAGAGGAACAGAGGAACAGUAGGAACAGAGGAACAGAGGAACAGUAGGAACAGUAGGAACAGUAGGAACAGUAGGAACAGAGGAACAGUAGGAACAGUAGGAACAGAGGAACAGUAAGAACAGUAGGAACAGAGGAACAGUAGGAACAGUAGGAACAGUAGGAACAGAGGAACAGUAGGAACAGUAGGAACGGAGGAACAGUAGGAACAGAGGAACAGAGGAACAGAGGAACAGUAGGAACAGAGGAACAGAGGAACAGUAGGAACAGUAGGAACAGUAGGAACAGUAGGAACAGAGGAACAGUAGGAACAGUAGGAACAGAGGAACAGUAAGAACAGUAGGAACAGAGGAACAGUAGGAACGGAGGAACAGUAGGAACAGUAGGAACAGUAGGAACAGUAGGAACAGUAGGAACGGAGGAACAGUAGGAACAGUAGGAAUUAAGUAGGAAGAGAGGAACAGUAGGAACAGUAGGAACAGUAGGAACAGUAGGAACAGAGGAACAGUAGGAACAGUAGGAACGGAGGAACAGUAGGAAUUAAGUAGGAACAGAGGAACAGUAGGAACAGUAGGAACAGUAGGAACGGAGGAACAGUAGGAACAGUAGGAACGGAGGAACAGUAAGAACAGAGGAACAGUAGGAACAGUAGGAACAGAGGAACAGUAGGAACAGUAGGAACAGAGGAACAGUAGGAACAUAGGAACAGUAGGAACAGUAGGAACAGAGGAACAGUAGGAACAGUAGGAUCAGACGAACAGUAGGAUCAGAGUAACAGUAGGAAUUAAGUAGGAACAGAGGAAUAGUAGGAACAGUAGGAACAGUAGGAACGGAGGAACAGUAGGAACAGUAGGAACAGUAGGAACAGAGGAACAGUAGGAACAGUAGGAACAGAGGAACAGUAAGAACAGUAGGAACAGAGGAACAGUAGGAACGGAGGAACAGUAGGAACAGUAGGAACAGUAGGAACAGUAGGAACAGUAGGAAAGGAGGAACAGUAGGAACAGUAGGAAUUAAGUAGGAAGAGAGGAACAGUAGGAACAGUAGGAACAGUAGGAACAGUAGGAACAGUAGGAACAGAGGAACAGUAGGAACAGUAGGAACGGAGGAACAGUAGGAACAGAGGAACAGUAGGAACAGAGGAACAGAGGAACAGAGGAACAGUAGGAACAGAGGAACAGAGGAACAGUAGGAACAGUAGGAACAGUAGGAACAGUAGGAACAGUAGGAACAGAGGAACAGUAGGAACAGUAGGAACAGAGGAACAGUAGGAACAGUAGGAACAGAGGAACAGUAGGAACAGUAGGAACGGAGGAACAGUAGGAACAGAGGAACAGUAGGAACAGAGGAACAGAGGAACAGAGGAACAGUAGGAACAGAGGAACAGAGGAACAGUAGGAACAGUAGGAACAGUAGGAACAGUAGGAACAGAGGAACAGUAGGAACAGUAGGAACAGAGGAACAGUAAGAACAGUAGGAACAGAGGAACAGUAGGAACGGAGGAACAGUAGGAACAGUAGGAACAGUAGGAACAGUAGGAACAGUAGGAACGGAGGAACAGUAGGAACAGUAGGAAUUAAGUAGGAAGAGAGGAACAGUAGGAACAGUAGGAACAGUAGGAACAGAGGAACAGAGGAACAGUAGGAACAGAGGAACAGUAGGAUCAGAGGAACAGUAG